AUGAUGAAAUCCCUGACAACAGUCGCUGUCCAUGGCCAGGUGAGCAGAUUAUUUUUAAAUGGAGCGGCGGCUGAACCGGCCCGCGGGCCACGCGGUUCUGAUGCCGACUCGGACGGCGGCUAUCGCGCCGAUCGAACUAUAUAUGGAAUCGUUGGAACAUCUCCUGGUCGGUGGGGGCGCGCGGGAGAGGGGGGCAGAAGUCUGGACGUCGGAGCGGGAACGAAAUCUCGGAGUCAGGGUGAGACUGCCGAGCGGUACAGUCUCUCUUUCGUCGAUCCAACAAACAACACAAUGGCGGAUAAGGACAAGAAGGUAAAGAAGAAGAAGGCGCCGAAGGAGGAAGCGCCCGCUGAGGAGGCGCCCGCGCCGGCCGCGCCCGCCGCCGGCGAGCGCCAGUCGUCGCGCGGAAGCCGCAAGGCCAAGCGCACCGGCUCCAAUGUCUUCUCUAUGUUCUCCCAGAAGCAGGUCGCCGAGUUCAAAGAGGCCUUCCAGCUGAUGGAUCACGACAAGGACGGCAUCAUCGGCAAGAACGACCUCCGCGCCACGUUCGACUCGCUGGGCAGGCUGGCCAGCGAGAAGGAGCUCGACGACAUGGUCAAUGAGGCCUCUGGGCCCAUCAACUUCACGCAGCUCCUGACCCUGUUCGCGAACCGCAUGUCCGGCGGCUCCGACGACGACGACGUGGUCAUCAACGCCUUCAAGACCUUCGACGACGAGGGCAAGAUCGACUCGGAGAGGCUGAGGCACGCGCUCAUGACCUGGGGCGACAAGUUCUCCGCCGACGAGGUCGACGAGGCGUACGACCAGAUGGAGAUCGACGACAAAGGCUUCAUCGACACCCAGAAGCUGAUCACCAUGCUGACCGCCAGCGCCGAGGACGAGGAGGGCGGAGAGGCCGCG